AUGAAUCAAUUUAAAUUAUAAAUGGAACUUUAGUCAUUAAAAUUGAGAAAAUAACCAAGAAAAGUACCUUAAGAAUUUUCACCUUAUAUUCAAUCGAAUAUUUUUCUAUAAUCUCCUCAAAUUUAUAACUAUAUACAAUUAGGAGCAGAGUCUUAAAUGAUCAAAUAAUAAUAAUCAUAAUCAUAGUUAUUUUAAUUACCCUAAAGUACCACAAAAGUUAAUGAUAAGAACUCAUUUAGCUGAAGAAUUUACAGAUAAACUAUCUUGCGAUAGUCCGUUAAGUUCUACGUAAAUGUAAAUGAAAAGUUUAAUUGAAUUAAAAAAAAUGGUAUUAUCCAAUUCGAAAAAUAGAAUAAAAAUCAACAACUUUUUAAUGCUAGUUGAGUUAGUCUUUUCUUUUCAAACUAUGAGUUAUGUGCUCUAGCAGCGAUACUAAAGUCUAACAUCCAGCAAUCAUUAUCUCUGA